AUGCUGAGUCUUUUACAGUCUUCAUUUCAUUCCUUUGGGAGGUCCCUCUACAAACAUUCUUUUUUUUAAUGGGAAUGUGAUUGCCAUGGCAACUCAGGGAUAUAAAUGCUGCCUAAUGUAAUUGAAUCAUUGUGUUGAAGAGGUUAGUCUGUGAAAAUGGACUGAGAUGAAUCUGGGGUGGGGAUGAGAGUGGGGGCUGAGUGAAGAUGACAACGUUAUCACGUCCCCCGGAUUCCUGGGUUUGGAUUGUUUGUCCUGCAAGGCACAUUGUCACUUUUCAAACGCGGGGCCCCAACUGCAGAGGGACCCGAGUGGGGCAGUAGAUGGGGUGGUCCUGCAGUUUAUUAGCGGCAAGACGCUGGUGAUGAGUAAAGUGCGGCCCCUCCACCCAGUUCCCUCUUCGCCCCCAGGAUAAGGACCUCUGAGAGAGGGGGAUGGUAUUGGAGUCCCAGAAUCCUAAUUUAAGCCGCUUGGUUUGGCACAGGGGCUCGGGCCUGUGGCCUAAGCCCUCAGCGUAAAGAAAAGUAAAGGGACUUGUGUGUGUCAGGGAUAGGUUCCACGUGGUCCACCUGAGCCUUCCCUCAGGGCCCGACACAUUAUGUAAAUAACAAGUUACUCAGGGUGCCCACGUGAAAAGGCGGGGCGGGGGGGGGGGCGCUACAUAAAUACUUCCAAAGUCUUGCACGGCGCGCCCCGCAGGCGGCCCUAAGCCCCUGUCCCUCGCGUGUCUGGGAAAGAGUCCCCGCUCUGUCCAGCCCCCCGCGAGUCGUGUAGCUGGGGGAGGGGCGGGGUGCUGCUGCCGGCCGGCCGGAGGCAAUGGCCAGCGGGCCGGGGCGGCCACAUGGCGCGCUCCGGGCGACGGCAGCCGCGCUUUGUUUCCACCGGCGAGCGGCGAGUCACCGGCCCCCGCGGUCCCGAAGCCCGGCACACGCUCGGGCCAAGGCUGCUGCACAUUUCACGGCAGGGACAGCUCCCGGAGCGGCCGCUGUCUCUUCCCCCUCUCCACCUCUUCCCCCUCCGCCUCGGCCACCACCGCCGCCGCCGCGCAGCGCCGCCGCCGCCGCCUCCGCCUCCCGCCUCCGCCCAGUCCCCUCCUCCUCCACACGCGAACUUAGUCAGCGGUUCGCGCCGCCGCGCGCCGAUUGGCCGGCGGAACGCGCCGCGUCACAAUGGAGCCGCUCGGAGGCGGCGAGCCCGGCAGCGCUGGGGCUUCCCGCUGAGCCCGCAGCAGCCGUCAGCCGAGAAAGUGCCGGCGCGGGGCCGCCGCCGGCGCGCCCGGAGCGGCGCGGGGCGCACGCGGCGCGGAGCGCAGGCGCCGGGGGCCGGGGUCGCGCAGGAAUUUUUCAAAUAGAAACUAAUUGCAGAGUUUCCAGUUGACCACCAUUCAUAGGGAAAACCGACAAGACUUGUAUCUCCAAUAACACGGAAGAUGGAAAAUGAACCCAAUGGAUUUGUAUAUCCAGCUUAGGGGAUUUUCUAGCAGAAUGUUGGAAGCGUCAAAUGACUCUUUUAACCACUCAUGACCAAAGUAUUGCAAAAGAGAGAUGAAUUAAAGAAGAAACUGUUCAGAUUUUAAGUAGACUUUAGAGGAUGUGUUUCCAAUCCAGAAUUUUCUAGGGUUGUAAAUAAAACUGUUUCUCAUUCCCUGCUUCUCGACUCAGCGAAAAGGUACUCAAAGUAAGAAAUGGCCUCAGGUGGAAAGAACAGAUCCAGAGCAAUACUGCCAAUAAAACUUAAUCUCAAGGUACAAAUGAAAGCAAGGGCAUAGCGGCAAGACCCUAUAUUAUGACUUCAAAAAGAUGUAAGUCUGUGCCUCCUGGGGCUUCUUAACUAGAUAACAGGGCUUCCAAGGACCUUAAGAAUGUUGUCCCACAGCCUCCUCUACUUAAUUUAGACGACAAGAUCCUGGACUUCAAGCCUGAACUCGAUACCAGAGUUGGACGAAAUUUUUAGGGGCUUGGAAGAGGGUGAGUGUGCUUUGCAUGUAGGAGGACUUCACAACGUUUGUGGGCAGAGAGACCAGGGAAGGUUAAGCAGAGCUGCCCAUCCUUUGCCACCCCUCCCAUUGAGAAGUGACGUUUCCCAUUCCCUGGAAUCUGGGCUGGAUCUAUGGCUCCUUUGGCUGAUAGAAUGGAGUGGAUGUGACACCGUAGCUUUGAGAGCCAGGCCA